AUGUCUAACCAGGGUGACAAAUAUGUCAAGCUCACUCAGUUGGAGCAUAUCUUACGGAGACCCGAUACCUAUAUCGGGUCUACCGAACCAACCACAGAAUUAAUGUGGAUCAUCGACAAUGAGAACAAGCUUGUUCAGAAAAAUAUAACCUUCGUUCCCGGAAUGCUCAAGAUUUUCGACGAAAUCCUCGUUAACGCUGCAGACAACAAGAUCCGUGACCCCACCAUGAAGAAAAUCGAGGUGAUCAUCGAUGCUGAACAAAACAUGAUCCAGGUGAAAAACGACGGUAAAGGGAUCCCCGUGGAAAUUCACUCCAAGGAAAAAAUCUACGUCCCCGAAUUGAUCUUUGGUCACUUGUUGACGUCUUCUAAUUAUGACGACGAUGAAAAAAAAGUCACCGGUGGUCGUAAUGGGUACGGUGCCAAGUUGUGUAACAUUUUCUCCACCAGAUUCGAAUUGGAGACCGCUGACAAGGCCUCUGGCCAAGGCUAUAAACAAUUAUGGGAGAACAACAUGAGCGUUUGUAACAAAGCAAAGAUCACCAAAUCCAAGAAAACCGAGUUCACCCGAAUUGCGUUUAGCCCGGACUUGGCCAAGUUUGGCAUGGAAAAACUCGAUGAUGAUACCCUUGGGCUUUUAAAGCGUCGUGUCUACGAUAUCGCCGGUAGUGUCAAAGGGGUCAGUGUAUACUUGAACGGUGAAAAAGUCCCACUUCGUGACUUCAAGUCGUAUAUCCAAUUAUAUUUGGAAUCGGCAAAAAGGGCCAAAGACGGAUCUUUUGAUGACGACGAAACUUCCGAUGCCCCAGUUAUCGUUUACGAAAAAUCAGAUAGAUGGGAAAUCGCGUUUUCCGUAUCCGAAACAUCGUUCAAUCAAGUAUCGUUUGUCAAUUCCAUCGCCACCACUUCUGGUGGUACCCAUGUCAACUACAUCGCCGAUCAAAUUGUCAACAAGACAAUGGAGUUCCUCAAGAAGAAACACAAGAAUGCCCAUGUUAAGCCGUUCCAAAUCAGAAACAACAUGUUCUUGUUCGUCAAUUGUUUGAUCGAAAACCCUGCAUUCACCUCGCAAACUAAAGAACAAAUGAUCACCAAGGUUUCGUCAUUUGGUUCGAAGUUCCAAAUUUCCGAAGAGUUCAUCAAGAAGGUGAUCAAAACCGAGUUUAUUCAACAAAUCUUGGAUAUCGCCCAAGCCAAUGCCGAUAAACAAUUGCAAAAAACCGAUGGUGCUGGUAGAAAAAACCGGGUGGUGGUCAGUAAGUUAGAAGACGCCAACAAGGCCGGGACAAAAGAUAGUGAGCACUGUACCCUUAUUCUCACCGAAGGGGACUCUGCUAAAGCUUUAGCGGUAUCUGGUUUGAAAGUGGUUGGUAGAGAUUAUUAUGGGGUGUUCCCGCUCCGUGGUAAAUUGCUCAAUGUUAGAGAUGCCACCACCGACCAAAUUAUGAAAAACCAGGAAAUUAAAAACCUCAAAAAAAUCAUUGGAUUACAACACAAAAAGAAAUACGAUAGUGUUAAAGGGUUACGUUACGGUCAUAUUAUGAUCAUGACCGAUCAAGAUUACGAUGGUAGUCAUAUAAAAGGGUUGGUGAUUAACUUUAUCGAAUCCAGUUUCCCUGGAUUAUUGAGCAUUCCCGGCUUCUUGUUGGAAUUCAUCACCCCAAUUGUCAAAGUUACUUUGGGGAAAAAUACCCAACCAAAACUAUUUUAUACCAUGCCAGAAUACGAAAAUUGGAUUGAAAAUGAGGGUAACAGAGUAAAAUUCAAGUCCAAGUACUACAAGGGUUUGGGUACCUCUGACUCCAGGGAUAUGAUGAGAUAUUUCAGCAAUUUGGACCAUCAUAUCAAACGUUUCGAUACUCUCAAGAUUGAGGACAAAGAUUUACUUGAAUUGGCGUUUGCCAAGAAAAAAGCCGACGACAGAAAGAAUUGGUUGGCAGGGUUCGAGCUUGGUACUCAUCUUGAUCCUAACUUGAAAAUCAUCCCUUACGAUGAUUUCAUCAACAAAGAAUUGAUUUUAUUUUCCAUGGCCGAUAAUAUCAGAUCGAUUCCAAGUUUGUGUGACGGUUUCAAACCAGCGCAACGUAAAAUUUUGUACACUUUCUUCAAAAAAAAUAUUGUCAAAGAAUUGAAAGUCAACGAUCUUCAAGGUUAUGUUUCCAGUACCUCCAAUUACCAUCAUGGUGAUGCGUCUUUAGUGCAAACCAUUGUGGGUUUAGCUCAAGAUUACGUUGGCAGUAACAACAUUUAUUUGUUGAGUCCUAAUGGUUGUUUUGGUACCAGAGAUGUCGGGGGUAAGGAUCAUGCCGCUGCAAGAUAUAUUUAUACUGAGUUGAGUAAAAUCACUAAACAUAUUUUCAAAGAAGAGGACCAGAAAUUGUUGAAUUAUAUCAAGGAUGAUGAAAGAACCGUCGAGCCGUACUGGUAUUUGCCAAUUAUCCCAAUGGUGUUGGUGAAUGGUGCCGAAGGAAUUGGUACUGGUUGGUCGACCUCGGUGCCGCAAUAUAAUCCCGAUGACAUUGUCGCUAAUAUCAAGAGAUUAUUAAAUGGUCAAGAAAUGGAACUGAUGAUUCCAUGGUUCAGAAACUGGAAAGGAACGGUGAUUCCUGCUGGUCCAGAUAAGUUUAAGAUGUUUGGGAGAAUUGAGCGUAUUGAUGACAACACUCUAGUGAUUAGUGAAAUCCCUGCCAAGACCUGGACCUGCACCGUCAAAGAAUUCAUUGAAAAUGCUUUGAUUAACACCACUACCGAAAAAGUCACUGAAAAAUUCAUUAAGAAUUACACCGAGCAAGAUGAUCUUGAAGGUCAUAAAUUCAUCAUCACUUUGUCGGAUGAGCAAAUGAAAAAGACCGAAAAAGUUGGGUAUUAUGAACGGUUCAAAUUGAUCCAAAACAUUGGUUUGGGUAACAUGAUUCUUUUCAAUGAACGAGGCAAAUUGCAGAAAUAUGAAAGUCCGUUGGAAAUCAUCCAAUCUUAUUAUUUUGUGCGUCUUGAGUAUUAUCAAAAGAGAAAAGAUUAUUUGACUUCUAUUAUGAGGGAAGAACUUCUGCAAUUGACGGCUAAGGCAAGAUUCAUCAAAUUGAUCAUCGAUAAGAAAUUGGUCAUUAGUAAUCGUAAACGAGUAUUAUUGGUUGGAGAGUUGCAAAAAUUGAAUUUCCCAAGAUUUGGUAAAGAUGGGAGAUUAAUUGAAGACAAGGCGUCUGAAGCAGAAAUCACCCAAGAUGAUAUUAACCUUGACAAUGAAGAUGAUGAGGAAGAUGCUGGUGGGGUAGAAGAUGAGCUUUCCCACUCCCCUGACACCAUCUAUUCAUCGUAUGAUUAUUUGCUUAACAUGCCAUUGUGGUCGUUAACCAAAGAAAAGUACGAAAAGCUUUUGAAACAAAAGGAUGCCAAGGAUGAAGAAUUGAAUCUUUUGUUGACUAAGAGUGCCAAAGAUUUAUGGCUUAUUGAUUUGGACGGGUUUGAAGUGGCUUAUGCGAAGUUUUUGAAAGAUGAUAAAGAGAAGAUGGAGUUCGAAGCCUUCGGUAACGGCAAAAAACCGACCAAGAAAAGAUCCAGAAAGAAGGCUAAUGACGAUGAUGAUGACUUCAUGCCAACCGCCAAGAAGACCAAGAAGAAGGCUACGAAGAAGGCUGAUGCUGACGAGAUGAUGGUGAUCAAAGGGGAGUUUAUCGAGCCAGAGAUUAAGGAAGUUAAACCAAAGAAGACUCGAGUGAAGAAGGAAGCGUCGACAGAGCCGGAUAUUCUUAGCCAAGUAUCUAAUUCCAAAAUGAACGGUAAAGUUAAGAAAGAGACCAGUGACACCCCGUUGUCGGCGGCUACUGAUUCCAAUAAGGAGAACUCGAGCGAUCGAAUGUCUAAUAUUAUGGGCCGGGCCAAGACGAUUUUUGGAUCCAUCGAACCAAAAGAAGAGGAAGAUGAUAGUAAUAAUGAUUUGAUGGAAGUUGACGAGAAGGAUUUGGAUGAUGAUAUUUUUUCGAGAUUUAGUGCUGCUGCCAAUAAAUUUGAUACCAGUUUCAGCACAGAUAAGAAGUCUAGUACCGCUUCUGUUGAACCUGAAGAGAAGCCAACAAAGGGUAAAGCUGCUGCAAAGAAGACCACCGCUACUAAGAAAGCUGUUCCUGCUAAGAACGCUGUUCCUGCUAAGAAAACUGCUCCUGUGAAAAAAGCUGCUCCAAAGAAAGCUACUAAAAAGAAUAAGUUUAUCAUUAGUGAUGAUGAAGACGAGAUAAUGGUUGAUGAUGAUGAUGUCAGUGAUGAUGGUAAGGAUGAAGUGGAAGUGGUGAUAACAUCUCCUAUAGUCAAGAGAAAACCUCAACGACGUGCCGCAACGACAAAGAAAAAAGUCGAGUACAUUGAAUCUGAUUUUGAAUCUGCUGAAGAUGAAGAACCGGAAGUAUCAGAAGAAGAGUCAGAGUAUGAUGAUGAUGAUUUUUAA